UUUGUAUUUUGUUUUAUCUAUGCAUUUUGCACUAACAAAUUGUUAAAUAACUUUCGUUGCAAUGUGGCCCGUGGCGAAUGAAUAUCUGUGAAAUUUGCGGUUUUUAUAGAAAGUGUUUUUUUUGGAUUGGUUUUGGUCAGUAGUUACCAAAUGAAAGUGUCAGUCAGUUAAAUCAUUUAUUGUUGUAAAGGUGCGAAAUGGUGGCGAUUAAUAAUAUUGUCUUGAUUAUUUAUUUAGUUUUCCUAAGUUCCGUCCGUGCACAAUUGUUACCUGGACUGUAUUGUGGUGUAGAAAAUUGUUAUGAUGUGUUGGAAGUGACUCGAGAAGCAACCAAAAAUGAAAUUGCCAAAAAUUAUAGGCGGUUAGCUCGUUUAUAUCAUCCAGAUUUACAUAGAGAGAAGGAAGCUAAACAAGUUGCUGAAGAACAAUUUAAAAUCUUAGCAAAUGCUUAUGAUAUAUUGAAGGAUGAUGAAAGUCGAGCAGACUAUGAUUAUAUGCUUGAUAAUCCUGAUCAGUAUUAUGCGCAUUACUACAGAUAUUAUAGAAGAAAGGUUGCUCCUAAAGUAGAUGUCAGAAUAGUAAUAAUUGUAACAAUUUCAAUCAUAUCAAUAAUUCAGUAUUAUUCCGGAUGGCAAAGAUAUGAUACCGCCAUAAGUUACUUUAGUACUGUACCUAAAUAUAGAAAUAAAGCCCAGGAAAUUGCUAGACAAGAUGGUAUUUUACCUAAUAGUAAUAAUAAUAACAAAAAGUUGGGCAAGAAAUUAAAAUUAACAAAAGAGGAAUAUGAGCAAGUGAUUAAAAAAGUAAUUGAAGAUAAAAUGGACAUUAAAGGAGCAUAUGCCAAACCAAAAAUAACAGAUUUAUUGUGGAUACAGUUAAUUAUUUUACCAUAUACAGCAUUUAGAUAUGUUUAUUGGUACAUUUCUUGGAUAUGGAGACACAAUAUUAUGAAACAACCUUUUAAUGAGGAAGAAAAAUUGUAUGUUAUUAGAAAAUUUUUAAAAAUGGGUCAACAUCAGUUUGAUAGUCAGGAUGAUGAUAAAAUUCAAGAAUUUUUAGAUAGGAAGUUGUGGAUUAAAGAUAACUUUAAUGUGUGGUUUAAAGAGCAAGAGGAGAUUACUAAGAAACAGCUAGCAGAAAGUAACAGAUACAAACAAUAUAGAAGAUAUAUGAAAAAUCAUGGGGUUGGUCGCAUGACUUUUGAUGAUUCUUAAAGUGAAAGUGUGGGUGUAGAUAAUAAAAAUAAUGAACAAUCUAUCAUUGUUUCUGUCAUUAAUAUUUCCUCUAAUUUUAAUGCAUGUAUUUUAGUACUGUAAAGCUGAAAUUUGUCGAUUGCUAGGACAUUCACUGUUAUUGUGAAGCACAGUUAAAAAAUGGUGACAAUUUUUUACAUUUGUUUACUAUAAUUUUACCCAUAUUUAUUUAUUUAAAUCUUUAGUUUGUAAUUAAAUGUUAAGAAAAUGUUCGGCUUUAUUUUAUUUUUUUAUAAAUGGCACACUGCAAUAUUAUACAGGGUGUUGCACUUAAAAUAACAAAAUAAAUUUAUGACAUUUUCAGGCUUAUGGAGUUAUGCAUUAAAUAUGCUGUUAAUUUUAAAACACUAAUUUUUUGGGAGUCAAGUUGACCACUGAACAUUAGUGCCUUAUUGUACCGUAAAAUUUAAAAUUCCGCGUUUUACAGAUAUGAGCAGAUAAUUUUUAGGUUCUCUGCAUUCUUUGAUUUUCCGGUUUGUGUGAAACGUAAAUUUCUUUGUACUGGGGAGCACUUGAGAAGUAGCCUUAUAAUGCACAUUGUUGAAGUUUUCAUAUUUUCUUGUGUGCUCUUACAUUUUCUUAUACACAACACAUUGUUUUAAAAUAUUGUUGAAUUUAUAGCAGAUUUCUUUUUCGAUUUCACAUUUGACGGUACUUUAUGAGGAUUUAAGUUUCUAAUUUUGAAAAUGUUGAAUUUAGCAUUCAAAUUAUUGCAAAGCGUUGUCAAAAAAUUUUCCCGCGAGGGUACAAUUUAUACUUCAAAAAGUCUAACUUUGUUUAGUGGUUUUAAAUAUACAUUUUAGCACAAAAGAACAAUUAAAUUUCUAAUUUUAUCUAAAUAUUUUUUUGUUAAUAAAAGUCAUACCUCACUUAACUUUUUAUAUUUUAAGCUGGCUGUAAUUUUGGAUUAUAAUAAGUAUAAACCUCUAUUCGUAUUUGCUUUCAAGGGGUAAGAAAAUAUUGGAUAAUUGUUUUGAAUUUAAUUAAUUAAUUUCAUUAAUUGUUUCACGUUAAAUCAAAAAUAAAAGAUUAAUUUAAGUGUUUAAAUUACCGUUUUGAUUUUUAAAAUCGGUUAUUUCCAAAAAUUUUCCAAUAUUAAAGAUAGAGUGAUUACUGUUUUAAAAUUGAGAGAAAUUCACAUCAUUUAGUUUAAUGCUCUUUCAUUAAAGAAUCAAUCAAUGGCCCAGAAAAAGAGUGAAAACUGCAUCUUAAUAUCUUCAUCGUAAAAUGUGAAUGGAAGAACUUUUUACAAUAGGGGAAAAAUUAUUACUACGUAGGUGUUGGCGUCUUUCCCGUUUCCACAUAAAUUACUUUUUCAUUAAAAUUAAGUUUAGUCACUAAUUCAGUCACUAAUUAAUUGUUGGAGACCAACUAAAUUUAUAUGCCCCAGGGAACAUUUUUGAA